CCCGGCUAACCGCUACACACCAAAUCAAAUUGAAUCGGGAUCGAAAAACAGGAAAUUCAUUUUCAUUGAUUCUCCACGAUGAGUGUUGCUUCCACAGAACCUCUGGUUAUUCCUUUGUUGUAUGACCCGUCUUUCAAAGUUGAUGUCCGACUUCAUGAGCCACUGCUGGGCAGCACCACUCAGACCCUGGACAUUGAUGUAGAGCUGAUGUCGCUGUGUUCACAGUUAGACAUAAUAUGUCAGAAGGAGCUAUCACAGCACAAGCUAGAGAAGAUAGAACACGGCAGAGUAAGCAGCGAUUUUACAAAUAAAGCCUCCAUGGUAUGUGACAGAAUGCAACAGCUAAUGCUGAGAUCCAGUCAACCAAACACAAGUUUACAGCAAUAUAUUGUGAUGAGGAAAUUUGACUUGCUUUUUCCUCGGGCAGCAGCAUAUUUAGAAAAUCCAGGUCACUUUAACCUAAAUCAACGUACAGAAGGAUUGGACAAUUAUUAUGCUGAUCUCUCCAGUCUCCAGAAUCUCUCGGCCUUGUCUCGUCAGAUCAACUCAGAUUUGUGUAAUUUGUCCGACCACAAAUACAUAGCUCAUCAAAUGGCAAUACUGUAUCAAUCUUUAACCAAUGUUGGACAUGCUUUGUUAGAUCCCUACAAACAAAGCAUAGAGGAAAACUUUAAGUCCAUUAAAUCGGCACUCAGUCAAGAGAGAGAACCGGGCGUGAAACAGCUGUACCCUGAACAAAAGGAAUGGUUUCUCAAUUUAACUAGCGGCAUAGUCAACACAAUCAACGGCUUUCCAUCAGAGUUAACGGGCGAGAUGUCACAACCAGCUCUCGUCCUUAAGAGAACCUCAACUUAGAUUCAGCACUCGCCGUUAUUCAUCAUAUCAGACUCCUCAUUUGUACAUGUAGAUAGUCCCAUGUUUGUUAGAUCUAGAACUUAUAGCUAUUUAUUUUAUAUUUAUAAAAAUUGAUGUCACUUGUGUUCACUACAGGUUUUUUUCUCUGUCAUUAUUUUUAUAUGGAUUUCAAGAUUGCUUAAAGCUCCUUUUUCUCUAUGUCAUAUUUUUGCCACAAAAUCAGACAUACAGAUACAUAUAUCAUUCUCCAUGUGAAGAUAUCAUUCCACGACACUAAGAUUAUUAUUUAUAUUAUGCGAGGAUCACUCACUCAUUAUUAUGGAGCUCUUCUUCAUCCAACCUGAAUAGCCGAGCUCCUGUUCAGUUUUGUGUCAAUGAAUUUAUUUCUAAAACUGGUGCUUUUGUUUAGCUAAUAUUUUAUACUCAGUAGUUACAAAAAAAUCAUGGUAACCUGCUUGAUCGUGUGAAGUUCGACCUUUUAGGUUAGUCAUUUGAAAUGUACGCAGCCACAAUUACUUGUUAAUGUAAUUAUCAAUUUAAGAGAUAUUGCAGUUGAGUUCUGCAGUGAGUGAACUCGGUUUAUGAAUGUGCUGAUUUUACAUAUAAAAAUGUAAUAUUUGAACAGUAGUCCAAGCACUGAUUAAGUGUAGGGUGAGUUAUGGAUGAAAGGUUACAUACAUUUAUAUUUAUUUUGAUAUCCCUGAAUGUUUGAGUAGCACGUACAUAUUUACCAGACAUUUUGUUAUUUGUUCUUUUUUAAUGAAAGAUAAAUGCAGUGUUAAAACACAAAAGGCAGAUAAUGCUGUGUUUUACUGUAAGAUACAUAAAAAAGUGUGGAAACUUUUUUGUCAAAUAUUAAUUAGAUAAUUCUGUAUAAUACACUAAGAUACACAUAAAAAGUGUGCAAACUUUUCUGUCAAUAAUAUUUUUCUUUUCAAUGAGCAGCAUGUAUGUGAAAGAUUAAAAUAAAUAUAUCUAUAAUAUUUAUGCAUAAUAUUUUAGAUCAGGAUGAAUGUUUGCAGGCUUUCCUUGCUGUGCGAUUCAGGACUUUGUAAUUGCUUGUCCCUCUUGUGUUGUUUUAUUGCCAGUCUUUAUUUCUGGUGCAUUUGAAUUUUAUUUCUAUCGUAGUCCAAGCUUGAAUCUCAUAGUUUAUUUUGUCUUUUACAUGUGCUUCUGUUGCUAAAAUUGAUUUCUUUUAAAAAGGAAUAAAUUGCCAUGUGAAAGUG